CUUUCAGUGAAAAGGCGAUUUAUUUUUGUUUUAACAAUAAAAAUAAUAAGGAUAUCCUGGAAUUCGAAUUACACUAAUGUGCUGGGGCGUAAUCCUUUCGACGGCGAGGCCAAAUAAAUCUUCCAACAUUGUUUGUAAACGUUUACAUAGUUAAUAUAGUAAUAACAAUGCAUGACGGUUUGAUGAAAUGAGUUUCUCUGAAAACACAUCCGAUUCGGAUUGGAAAAAUGCCAAGGGGUCAGCUGAUCGACGCUCUAGCAUCAAGAACAGCAGCAAAAAUAAACCGAAAUACAAUCAAAGAUUUUGUGAAAAGUGGCUAAGUGUAUUCGAUCCGUGGCUCCAGCGUUCAAGCGAUGAUCCCGACAAGCCUUUCUGCAAAGUAUGUGUAUGUAGACUCGACUGUAACCGCUGUCACCUAGUUCGCCACCAGAGUACGACCAAGCACAAACGGAACUUGGAUGCAUUCCUUGGUAAUGGGGAAGGAGCUGUUCGGAAGGAACUGCGUGUACGGCAGGAACGAAGUAAAUACUAUCAACAACGCAAACGGACCUUGCAUAAGGUGAAAAAGGAAGCGAAGGCAUCUGUAGAAAAUAAAGUGAUAGAGGAAAAAUUGGAACUUCCAACUCCUGAAGAGCACUACGACUUGUUGGUGUCCGAAGUUAACCAUCAGCUAGACGAUUCACACUUGGAAGCAGAUUCGGAAGCUGUUACACCUCUCCUGCCCCAAAAAGAUACUGGACUAAAGCAAACAACUGCACCUGUCCUACAAGUAACUGCAACUAAAUCGAGCCAGGAUGGAAUCAAAAUGCUUAAGCAAAUUCACCAGGACAAAAACGAGCUAAUGGAAUCCUUUCGCGAACUAAUGGGCAGCCAAUCAACAUAUCAUCCGCCCACCUCUACUAGAGACAAGAACCAUGUGGAUCUCUUCUUCGAGAGCGUUAGUUCUAGUGUCAAAGCUCUUACGCCCAAAUUGAUAGCAGAAGCCAAGAUGCGAGUCUCUCAGCUAAUAUGUGAGCUGGAGCUGCGCUCUUUGACCGAAAACAAUAGUACAAAUGAGGACAUUAUUGAGGUGCCCGUGUUCAAGACUGGUGUAACCAUAACCAAGCAACUCCAACCCCAUUAUGGUGGACCAAGCUAAAGUUUAGAUAAAUUGGAAAAUAAUAAAAUUAGAUCAAACCAAAACGAUGGAAUGUAUCUUGAAUUUAGCUAGUUAAGCGUCCUACAUUGACUCAAAAAGGAUUGGAGGACAUGCCAUCCAGAGAUAACCAUAAUAAAAUCUAUUCGUUUCAUCCAGAAACAUCAGAAGCAGGCUAGGCAUUAGCUGACGAUCAGUCACACUUGUCAAGCCUCAGAAUGAUGUGUGUGCUGGCCUAGAAAAUCAAUUACUACACAAUUUUUGGAAAUCAAAAUUACAUACACUUAUUUUUUGGCCAAAAACCAAAAAAUUCGAUUUCGGCUCUAAAUUAGCAGUAGAGGAGAUGAAGAAU